GGCAGCGCCUGCCAGGCAGCUCGGUAUAAGUACAGCAGACGGGAGCAAGAGGCUCAUCAUCAUACCCAGCAGCAGCAGCACAGGGCUCACACACACCUCCUCCUCCCGCACCAUGCCCGCCUUCUCCUACCUCCCCCGGGCUCCGGGGAGCGCGCACACCCACUCCUGCAAGCCCAUGUGCAGCAGCAUCAGCAGCUCGGAGAGGAUCGUGCCCAUCCGCCUCCUGCAGCCCAGCCGUGGGGGCCCGCCGCGGCUCCCGGGGCUCGGCAGCAUGCAGCUCUCUGCCCCGCAGCUGCAGCCCGCACAGGAGCCGCCGCCCUCCUCCCCCGAUCUCCGGGCAUGGCUGAGUGACAUCAGGCCGGAGCGCCCAGCAGCAGCAGCAUCACCCCCCGAGGCCGAUGAGGACAGCAGCUGCAGCCCCGGGCACUGGCGCCCCUCCGCCCCCCUGCAGCCGGCGGAGCGUGGCCCCCGGUCCUCGGAGUCCCAGCAGGAGCGCCUGGCGCUGCACCUGGCCGAGCUGGAGAAGCAGGACCGCUACCUGCGGGAGCAGCAGCGCUACCGCUUCCACAUCAUCCCGGACGGCAACUGCCUGUACCGGGCUGUGAGCCAGGCGGUGUACGGCGAGCAGGGCCUGCACCCGGAGCUGCGGGAGCGCACCGUGCACCAUGUGGCCGACCACCUGGACACCUUCUCCCUCAUCAUCGAGGGCGACGCCGGGGAGUUCCUGAUCAACGCCGCCCAGGACGGGGCAUGGGCCGGGUACCCGGAGCUGUUGGCCAUGAGCCAGAUGCUGGACGUCAACAUCCACCUGACCACGGGGGGCCGCCCGGAGUGCCCCACCGUCUCCACCAUGGCCCACCACCUGGGGGGAGAGGACCCGGCCCGGCCCAGCAUCUGGCUCAGCUGGCUCAGCAACGGCCACUACGACGCCGUGUUCAAAGAGCCGCUGCCCAACCCGGAGUACGAGGACUGGUGCAAGCGGAGCCAGGCCCAGAGGCAGCGGGACCAGGAGCUGGCCAAGUCCAUGGCCCUCUCCCUCUCCAAGAUGUACAUUGAACAGAACUGCUCAUGAGGUGGGGGCCCCUAGCCCUAUGGAGUUGAGACCCUAGCCCUGCGGAGAUGGGUCCCUAGCCCUGAGAUGAUGAACAUCUGGUCCUGAGGAUAUUGACUGUUAUCCCUGAGGUUAUGGACCCCUAGCCCUGAGAAGGUGGGCCCAAGCCAUUACCACCCAACGGGUUUGAGGCCCCUCCAGUCCAUGCUUACAGCACUUUAACCCUUUACAAUGACUACUGACUUGAGGCCUUAUCCAUCCUGAUUUGUAUGGUGUCGGAUCUUCGGUUGAUACAUGGACCCUGCGCUAUCACAGAUGUAUAUUACACAGCGAUUUGUAAAGGAUGAUGAUGUAUUUUUGCUACAUUGUGUUACUAGGUGGUCCUGCUGCUGAGGGAAUUGGAUGCUUUGUAUCAGGUGGGGUUUGUGUGAGGCCAGUGACCAGGGGUGGGAGGCAGCAGCAUGGCCAGGACUCCUUUCUCCCUCUCUUACUGCUCACUAUUUAUUAAUGCAAUUCCUAUUUUUCAAGUUUUGUAUGUUUGGGAUUUAUAUGUACAUUCUAGUUACAUUCCCACUUAGUUUGGAAUGAAUAAAAUUUUUCUUAACUUUUUA